AUGAAUUCAAUCUUAUUUGUUGAGACCAUGUAUCCCAAAACUGCCCUUCGAUUUUCCACAAUCAAGUCACAAGCUUACCUGCUCAGAAUCACAAUGAAAGAUUUUGGUUUCAACAAGGAUUAUCUCGUGUAUAUGGACUCUGUUCUGAAAGGUAUCGUACCCUACUGCAUUUCGGGUGACGGCAAGUUCAAAUAUCCUGUCAAUAAAAAGCGUACAAAACAAAAUACGGAACAGAUGAUUUUGGCUGAGAAAAAUCUCGAUUGUUUCUGGCACAGCGUCGGAAGGGUGAUCUAA